AUGAACCGAUUGCAGAAAAACCACACCUUAAGCUCUGAGUUUGUUAUCUUGGGCUUCGGGGACCUGGCGGAACUGCAAAUCUUCUUUUUUGGACUGUUUCUAAUCAUGCAUCUUGUCACCCUGGCGGGGCACACAACUAUUGUGCUCCUCACCCUCAUCGACUCCUGCCUGCAGACCCCCAUGUAUUUCUUCCUCCGAAACCUGUCCACCGUUGAGAUUUGCUAUACAUUGGUUAUUGUCCCCAACAUGCUGGCCAAUUUCCUGUCCAGGAACCAGCAGAUGCCCUUUCUGGGCUGUGCCCUGCAAAUGCACUUCUUCGUUGCCCUGGGCGGGGCGGAGUGCUUCCUCCUGGCCGUGACGGCCUACGACCGCUUUGUGGCCAUCUGCAAGCCCCUUCACUACACACUCCUCAUCACCAGGACCCUCUGCCUGCAGAUGCUGGCUCUGGCGUGCAUUGGCGGCUUUGCGCUCUCCCUCACAUUGACCACGCUGAUAUUCCUCCUGCCCUUUUGUCAGUCCCACGAGAUCAAUCAUUUCUUCUGUGACAUCCCCGCCGUGCUCUUCCUGGCCUGCUCGAACACUCGAGCCAAUGAGAUUGCUGUCUUCCUCGUCUGCAUGCUCAUCCUCUUGAUCCCCUUCCUGCUGAUCCUGCUCUCCUACGGAUUCAUUAUCGCAGCUGUCCUCAGAAUCCGCUCGGCCGCGGGCAGGAGCAAGGCCUUCUCCACCUGCGCUGGGCACCUGCUGGUCUCGCUUCUUCACUAUGGCUGUGCAGUCUUCAUCUACAUUCGCCCCAAGUCCUGCUACGCCCCCGACCAGGACAAAAUUGUGUCCUUAAUCUACACCAAUGUCACCCCCAUGCUCUACCCUAUGAUCUACAGUCUGAGGAACAAGGAAGUCAAGGGUGCCCUCGGGAGACUUCUGCACAGUCACAGUCCAUGA